AUGACUCCCCGUUCUCAUAUUUUCUUUGACAUCUCCAUCAACAACCAGCCAGCUGGCAGAAUAAUCUUUGAGCUCUUCAAUGACAUUGUUCCUAAGACAGCAGAGAAUUUUAGAGCUUUAUCUACUGGUGAGAAAGGUAUAGGUAAGUCUGGGAAACCAUUGCACUACAAGGGUUCUACUUUCCAUAGGAUCAUUAAGGAUUUUAUGGUACAAGGUGGUGACUUUACCAACGGUAACGGUACUGGAGGCGAAUCCAUAUAUGGAGAAAAAUUUGAAGAUGAAAAUUUCCAAUUGACUCAUGACAAACCGUUCCUUCUCUCUAUGGCAAACGCUGGACCAGGAACUAAUGGAUCCCAGUUUUUUAUCACCACCGUUCCUACUCCUCAUCUGGAUAACAAGCAUGUAGUGUUUGGAAAAGUAAUUGCUGGUAAAGCCACAGUUAGAAAGAUUGAAAGAAACUCCGAAGGUGAAGCUCCAAUUGAACCCGUUGUCAUUGAGGACUGUGGUGAACUUCCAGAAGACGCAGAUUUGACCAUCUCCGACGAGACUGGAGACAAGUAUGAGGAAGUUCUGAAAGAUAAUGAGAACAUAGACAUCGAUGACUUUGAACAGGUCUACCAGGCCAUCACUGAAAUCAAAGAAUUGGGUACAAAGUAUUUCAAAAAUGGUGACACCAAAAUCGCCUUCGAAAAGUAUCAAAAGGCUGCUAAUUAUUUGCUGGAAUACAUACCAUCAGAUUUAUCAGAGGAACAGAGCUCUAAGUUGGAGCUGCUAAAAACAUCUGUCUUCUCCAACGUGGCAUUGGCUGGACUGAAAGUUUCCAAGUUCAAAGACACGAUUAAGUAUGCCACAUUGGUCAUUGAGGAUGAAUCUGCGGAUGCAAAGGCCAAGUCCAAAGGCUACUACCGUAGAGGAAGUGCUUACAGCUCACUGAAAGACGAAGAUUCAGCCAUCUCAGAUUUCCAGAAAGCACUUGAAUUAUCCCCAGGUGAUCCUGCAAUUAGCCAAUCUCUACAAAGAACCACGAAGGCCAGAAAAGACCGUCUUGCCAAAGAGAAAGCUGCUUUGUCUAAGUUCUUUGAGUAG